AUGCUCGAGGAGGACCGAGAGGCAAUACGUCGACUGAAAGCUGAUUUGGUGAGACUAGCUGAUCUCCCAGAUAAGGAAUUUAAAUGCCAUCUCGAUCCUGCGUCUCGUAUGAAGUAUUACUAUAUCGUCUACACGGCUGCAACACAAAACACUUCCAAAGGCUCAGAGUACUCUGGUUCUGAUCUAGGAGAGGUGCUAUAUAUGGAUUAUCAUGAAAUUUUUACGAGUUAUCUCCGUCAAUUUUGUGAUCUUACAGCUCCAAGUGAAAUAGAUUUAUUCCGGAAAAUUCUGGAUGUAUGGGGUCGUUAUAAAGUUCUCAUGAAUUGGAGCAUGUGGGCCUUUAGCUAUCUUUCUAGGUAUUAUAUAGUGAACCAUUCCAAGCCAACCCUUCGACAGGUUGCGCUUGGAAUUUUUUUUGAACGUAUAUUUAAACUUCAUGCCGACGUCCUCAGUCGAGUUACGCAGGAUUUAUUGAUCAAGGAUACCUUUGAGCAUUCUACGAAUCGGACACUGAUCACCAGUGCGGUAGAUCUUUUUUCAUCUUUGGAUACAUGCGAUGCACAGCUCAUUUACUUUGACAGGCUUUUGCAUCCGUACAUAGAGCGACUAACUGGUGAGUACAAUAAAUUACUUCAAACGUGGUGCACGGAUACUGAUGGAAUCGAGUAUUUAGAAAAAAUCCACGAAGCUCUUUCAAAUGAGAGAAGCCGCUGCAGGGAGUACUUUUCUAAAGAUGAAGAGCAAAUGAUCAUGCCAAGUAUAGAAAGUACAGUCAUUAGUUCUCCAAUAGUGCACUCUAAAUUGAUUUUCUCUGAUAAUGGGUUCUUUCUUGCGUUACACACUCGCGAUGAGAUUGCUCUAAAAAAGUAUUAUGAUCUCUUCUCACGUGAUAAGUCUGGAAUUAAAUUGCUAUCUUCAUCAGUGCGAGAAGAAAUUGAAAUCGAAGCCAACAAAUUAUCACAUCUCCUUCAAGGUGAUGAAGCGAUAGUCGACAUAGUAAAAUAUCUAACCUCAAUGAUUCAAUUGCAAGAGGGUUUCCAACGAUUGGUUGUCGAUUGUUUUCGUUCAGAUUUCGUGAUAUCAAGAGCGGUUCAGGAGGGCUUAGUUCGUAUUUUCAAUGGAAGGGUGCAAAUCAAAACCCAUCACGCUGAGCAAGAGUGCCGCAUCUUGUUUUGUGAGCUUCUUGCCAACUAUAUCGACGUAGUGCUUCAGAAGGAAAAUGGCACCGUAAAGGAAGAGAUCGAAAACGUCGUUUCAGUACUAAUGUAUGUGAUUGAAAGGGACUACUUCUUGUUGUGCUUGAAAGAGCGUUUGCUUGAGCGAAUUAUCUUUCCUAAUAAAGCAUUCAAUGAAGGUAACGAGUGGAUGUUCAUCGAAAAUAUUAAGCAGCGAUGGGGGUCUACCAGCACUGCACAUUUAGAGGGUAUGCUAAAUGAUUAUCACACCAGUAAGUCAUUUCAUGCUGCCGAAUUACUUCAAUCUCUGGGUAAAACACCAUCGUUGAAUGUUUCAGUGAUAUUUGCAAGAAAGGGGAUCUGGCCAGAUUGCCUAUCGCUGAAAAGCUCUCUGAUUCUACCAUAUUUUAUCGAAGAAGCAUUAAACCAUUUGCAGGAUGCUUACCUCAGGGAUAUGAAAGGUCGUGCUCUUGUUUGGCCCCAUGAGGUCAGCAAUGCGGAGUUACAAGCCACAUAUGAGCAAGGAACAUAUAUUUUUAAUGUUUCUGGAAUCCAAGCUUUGAUUUUGCUUUCCUUUAAUACAAUAUCGGAGCAAAGUAUUCACAACAUCAUGACAGUGAACGGAAUUUCGAAUAACCAGCUUCAUCAAAGUCUGCCACCCCUUACUAAAGGCAAAGUCCUGUUGCGUUCGAAUCAGUUGAGUCAGGUAGAGGAUACAUCUGAAAGGUUAAUAGUCAAUGAUAAUUACACUGCCUGUAACUCUAAAAUUAGUUUUCCACCAACACUUGCUUGGACGAAUAUUGUCAACAAUGGGCAGUCUACUCCGGAGUCGGGUAACGACAGAAAAUCAGCAAUUGACAUAUGUUUGGUAAGAAUCCUCAAGAGCUUUUGUACCAUCGAUCACGAGGAUCUUGUUGAUGAAUGCCGAAAACGACUGAAACCACACUUUUCUCCUGAUCUGAGAUUAGUGAAGCAUAGAAUCGAAGAGCUAAUUCAAAAGGGGUAUAUUGAGCGCGAUCAAGGCAACCACUCAAAAUAUAGAUACAUCGCUUAAACAUUUUGAAAAGGUAUCGUGACAAAUACGCAUGCACACAACUUAAUAUGAUGAAUGAAGUGCACGUAUAAAACGAAAACGUAGCGACAUCAGUGUGACAGUGCCAAUAGUAACGGAUGAAAUGCGUAGUCUUCCCUAUUAGUGUGUUUGACUCUCUUGCUAAGUGAACAAAUACUUCUUUGCUUUCCUACUAGCUGCUAUUAUGUGUGCCAACAUUUUGAAA